AUGAGCGUGAAUUAUUCGCUGGCGGCCGCCACCACUACCGGUUGGUCGAUUCUGCGGGUUCUCGUCCUCUGGAAGGGCAGCCUAUGGAAGUUGGUGUGGCGAGAGAUGCUAUUCUGGGCGCUGCUCUUCGCCGGAGUCAAUUUGUCGUAUUAUUAUGGCAUUCGAAACACUUCUGCCGAGUCGACAUACAUGUCAAUCCUUAAAAUCGUUCAAGAAAUCCCGCUCGAUGGCACAAUGAUAAAUGCUUUUUUUGGAUGGUCCGAAACGUAUAAACUCCUUAUUUGGCCUGAAAACAUCGCCUACCUUUUCCAGCAGCAUUUCAAUGAGAAGGCUAUUUCGAGGAAAGAGGCGAAAAUGCUGAAAUCAACGAUUUGCCGUUACCUCAUCGCGUUUUAUAUUCUCGUUUUUCGUGAUGUCUCCACAGAAGUGAGACAAUGGUUUCCAACUCUCGAUCAUUUCGUGGAAUGCAAUAUAUUGACAAACAAUGAGCUGAAAAUCAUCAAAAGCUCUCGAAUGAGCGAGAAUGAUUGCAAAUAUUGGGUGCCGCUUGAUUGGAUCGCUCUAUUACUGAAAAAGCGCUACGCGAGAAAGUACAUUUUUGAUGCCAAGGGCAAACGAGUACGAAAUAUGAAAGUCGGAAUUAUGACGGACGUCGGAUUUGGUGAUUUUAUGGCGGAGUUGUGCCGCCUUCGCGGCAAAGUCAGCGACAUUCUCUCCUACGAUUGGGUUCCGCUGCCGUUGGCACUCGUCCAAACGUGCACUGUUUUCGUCUACAGUACCCUGAUACUCAGCUCUUUCAAAAUGCAAUUCAGAUUGGUCAAUGUACCCUCAAGUGCCUCGAUGCUUCACGAAAUGUUUGUGGAGAGCAUCAGCACGCUACCCAUCAAUAUUCUGUAUUUGUCGUUCUUGCGAAUCAGCCAAGUCGUCAUUAAUCCGUUUGGAAUGGAUGAUGAUGACUUUGAGACGCCUUAUUUAAUCGAAAGACACUUCAAUGUUCUCCAAGAGAUUUUGUGCAAAGAGCAUGAGGUGUCUGAAACCAUGGGACUCUCAUGCAUGGAUCAGGAAGCGGCCCAUCUUGGGCAUACUUUGGCCAGCGCCAUGUUGAAGUGA